AAGCUAACUCAUAUAUAUUUAAUAGGAAUUAGGUUAAAAUGGAAAUAGAAGGUUCCGGUUUUGGUUCUGGUCAUAAUUUGGGUUUAGGAGUGAGGAAGGGUGCAUGGUCCGCUGAAGAAGAUCUUCUCCUCACUCGUUAUAUUAACAAGAACGGAGAAGGAAAGUGGCACUUUGUUCCAAAAAAUGCAGGAUUGAACCGGUGCAGAAAGAGUUGUAGAAUGAGAUGGUUGAACUAUUUAAGUCCGCGUAUAAAAAGAGGAAGUUUUGCUGAGGAUGAGAUUGAUAUUCUUCUUAAACUUCAUAAACUGCUAGGCAACAAGUGGUCACUAAUUGCGGGAAGAAUUCCAGGAAGAACGGCGAACGACAUAAAAAACUUUUGGAACAGCCACAUCAAAAAAACCCUUGAACCAAAUUGUUCCAAUAAAAAAGUAAAUAUUUUAAUAAAAUUCGAUAAUCGAAACAAGGUUGAAGUUAUUAGACCUCGACCUCGAACCUUGUCGAAAAGCUUCUCUUUAUUGAAAAAUAAAGCUACUAUGAUUGACAACAUAAUUCACAACACAUUGAACGAAACAAAAGAAAUCACUUAUCAAAACCAUUCAAAGACGCAACUGUUAGAGCAUGAGCAGAACCAUGAAAGUCCUCUUUGGUGUUUGAAAUCUCCACACGAUAAAUUAGUAGAAAGCAACGUCUCUAGUAAAGACAUGUCUCUAGAACAAGGAGAUGAUUAUUGGCAACAACAUUUACCCACAUCUCAUUAUUUUGUUUCAGAGACGACGCUAAAAGUUGACAGUAUUUCUCUUGAGCAACAAAAUAUUCUUCAAGUAAGCACCGAUUGGGAUGAUUUUUUAUGGGAAAAUAUGGAUAUUAGUAGCUGGUUAGAAGAUGAACAAUUUGUGAUAUAA